GGCAAUUUGUCAGUGUGAGGCUGCGGGAAACCGGGCAGUGUGUCAGUGUGAGGCCGGGCAGUGAGAGAGACUAGGUGGAAAUAACUGACGAUAGCUUCUUCAGCUUAGCAAUAUGGCAUCUGACCACUUAUCGAUUCUAGUGGAGGAGCUGGAUUCUGUGACCGGGGAGCUACAGGCCGUUGAGCUGCAGCUGCAGGAACUGCUGGAGAGGCAACAGGAGCUUCUUCAUAGGAAGAGUGUCCUAAACACAAAGAUUAAGACUCUGUCUGAGGAUUCAGAGGCAGGAACCAGUACUGAGAGCGCUGCAGAGAACUGGAAAUCCCAGGAUUUUGCCUGGUCGCAGAAAGUGGUGGACGCCUUGCGCAGUGCUUUUAAACUGGACUCUUUUAGGUCUUUACAAGUGGAGACCAUCAAUGCCACCAUGGCAGGAAAGGACGUAUUUCUCAUCAUGCCGACUGGAGGGGGGAAAAGCUUAUGUUUCCAGCUGCCGGCUGUGUGCUCUGAGGGUUUCACACUGGUGAUCUGUCCCCUUGUAUCCCUGAUGGAGGACCAGCUGAUGGUUUUAAAUCGUCUGGGUGUAUCGGCUGCAGCACUAAAUGCGUCAAGCAGCAGGGAGCAUGUGAAAUGGGUGCACAAUGAAAUGAUAAAUAAAAGCUCCCAGUUAAAGCUUAUAUAUGUCACCCCGGAGAAGAUCGCUAAAAGUAAGCUCUUUAUGUCCCGACUGGAAAAGGCUUAUCAGGCAGCACGGCUUGCUCGUAUCGCCGUUGAUGAGGUCCAUUGUUGUAGUCAGUGGGGACAUGACUUCCGACCUGACUACAAGUUACUGGGAAUCCUUAAGCGCCAGUUUCCCAAUUCCCCGUUGAUUGGAUUAACAGCCACAGCAACGAGCCAUGUUCUGACUGAUGCCCAGAAAAUCCUGUGCGUACAGAAGCCCGUUACCUUCACCGCUUCUUUCAAUAGACCAAACCUGUUUUAUGAGGUUCGAGAGAAGCCGUCAGGUUCGCAUGAUUUUGUUGAAGACGUUGUCAGGCUGAUCAAUGGCAGAUACAAAGGACAGUCAGGAAUUAUUUAUUGCUUCUCUCAGAAAGACUCGGAACACAUUACCUUAAGUCUGCAGAAACUUGGGAUCCGAGCUGGCACCUACCAUGCAAACAUGGAGCAUAAAGAUAAGAGCAAGGUACACACCCUGUGGACUACAAACGAACUUCAGGUGGUUGUAGCUACGGUUGCCUUUGGAAUGGGAAUUGAUAAACCAGAUGUUCGAUUUGUAAUUCAUCACUCAAUGAGUAAAUCCAUGGAGAAUUACUACCAGGAGAGCGGACGGGCAGGGCGAGAUGACGAGAGAGCAGACUGUAUAUUAUAUUAUGGAUUUUCGGAUAUUUUCCGAAUCAGCACUAUGGUUGUAAUGGAGAAUGUUGGACAAAAGAAGCUGUAUGAUAUGGUCAGAUACUGCCAGGACCUGAGCAGAUGUAGACGUGUCCUUAUUGCUCAGCAUUUUGAUGAGGUUUGGGACUCCGCCAGAUGCAAUUUAAUGUGUGAUAACUGCUACAGUGAGAAAUUGCACGAAAAAGUGGACAUUACAAAGUAUAGCAGAGACCUAGUGAAAAUACUCGAACAAGCUCACCAGCUGGAUGAGAAACUAACACCACUGAAACUAAUUGAUGCCUGGAUGGGAAAAGGGGCUUCCAAACUGCGCGUGGCCAACGUGUCACCACCUAAACUUCCUCGUGAUGAAAUCGAGCGGAUUAUUACCCAUCUCCUUUUACAGCGAUAUAUCAAGGAAGAUUUCAGUUUUACAGCCUACGCCACAAUAUCUUACUUAAAGAAGGGGCCCAAAGUAGAUCUGCUGAAAAAUGAGAAGCAUUCAGUCGUCAUUCAAAUGAGGAAACUUAAAAACAACAUGGUGAAGAUUCCUGAAUCAUCUCGAGCUAAAGCAUCAGAAGAGAACGGACAAACCACAAGCCAAUCUGCUGAUAAAAAGUCUGUUGUAACAAAAGAACGUAAGAGAAUGAAGUCUGAGAAAAUGUCUACGGCAAAGAAGAGCAGAAUCUCUGAAGAUGAUUCAAUCAUAAUUGAUUGAAUGUUAUUGAAGUUCCAACCUUUUUGUACAAAUCCCUUUUAGCUGCAAAGUGACCCAGUUUGGUUGUAGUUGUGAGUGGGAAAGCCAGCUCCCAGCAGGACCCCAGAAGGGGAGGUCACUCAGGAUAGUGAUGAUCUGCAUUUCUUGCGCAUCCUUUAUUUACACGUUAUGGUCUCAUAUAAUUAUAGAAUUUAAUUUGCAGAUACUGUGCUUACAGAUGGGGGGAUAAGACCAUGUUUUGGAUCUGUAGUGAACAAAUAAUUUAUUCUGUUAAUUGUAGGCUCAUGUCAAGUAGCGGAAUUACGCAAAAAGUCACAGCUUGCAGAAGCGGGAACUGUUUAUAAACAAGAUGGGAUUACUGUAACAUUUUAGAAUGUUCACAAUAUAUAUUUUUUUUAAUUUUGCUUGUAAAAAACUUACAAAGAUUGUAUUAGUUUUACAGCUUGUAUUUGUGCAAUAAGAUGCUUUGUCAGAUUAUGUUGUACAUUGUUAUAAAAAAACAAACUUUUUCCUAAAGAAAUAUAAAAACUUGUGGUAAAACGUAAGUGUUUGUACGUGAGCUACUGAUUCACUCACUAUUUAUGGUAUCGGCGGUCCCCUUCGUCUAUGCAUUUUAUAAAUUGCCUGCACAAAUUGUCCAAAACCUGUGAGGCUUUUAAAGGUACAUUCAAUCCGAAAGGGUAAUGCACACGGAUGCAUUUUAGCAAGGUACACGUAGUAGCACAAAUGCUUCUAGUAAAUGCUAUAGCUGUUUAAAGAGGGUACUUAAAUAUGCACGUGCACCAGCAUUUAAACAAUGCACUUGCUCAAAGCCGAAGGUGCUUACAUCAUCUGACAUAAUACAAGCCCCACUAGCUCUCCGAGCAGCUGCACUAUUUAAAAUGCUGGUGCAUUGAGAAUUUCUAGCUAUACUUCAUAUGCAAAGAAAAAUGCUGAUAACUUUUACUAGAAGUAUUAUUGUCAGUGAAUGUUUUUUGUAAAUAUAUUUCUAUCCAAAGAUGUGAAUCAUCUAAACAUAUUUCAGUUCUGACCGAAUGUCCCUUUAAGUUAGACUGACCUAGACAGUAAAGAGUGAAAAGCUGGCUUCUUACAUAGACGGUUUGGGGAAGAAAAUAAUGCUACAAUCUCUAAAUGUCCCUCGUUUUAAAGUAGCUGAAAUCUAAUAACACUUUCAAUUUUAAAUGCACAACUGAUUGGGUUUUUGUUUUGUUUUUGUACUGAAUUUUCCCAUUUUUUAAAUUUCCUGGUAAACUGUAUCACAUGACAGCCGUCGGCCAAUCACACUCCAUGAUGUAUAUGAGCUGUGAACUUUUGUUUUUUAACAAAGGAAGCAAAAAGAACAAAGUAAAUUUAAUAGUCCAAUAUUAAAAGUCUAGACCAGCACUAUGCAUGUUAACCGGCCAUUUUAUUUCAAAGUUUAAAAAAAAGUAAUGUGCAAACUUGUAAUAUUUCAUAUUUUUCAUUUUCACUAUCAUCAUCUGUUAUGAAACAGUCAUCUGAUACCUUAAUCAUAGGAUACCAGGAGUACAUUUUGUUAACCGAAAUAAAUGAUUAUUUUUUAUUGUA